GGUUUACGCUGUCUUGCACGAAACAGUAACUGUGUGGAUGAGAACUGGCUCCUUCCUUGGAAAUGGACUCCUUCAGCCCCAAGUUCUGUUGACAUAUUUAUUGAUACAUUUUUUGCUGAAGAUGGGAAAUUGGUCCCUGUGCUGAAGAUAGAGUGGAAAGUGGCUACUGAUGCAAGCAUCAUAUAUCUCAAAGGAGCGGAAUUGUCUGUACUACAAUUAAGCAAUAACCGCCAGAUUUGCGCUCAAUUUGACUUUCAAAAUAACUUGACGUUUCAAGUCCGUCCAGAUAAUGGAGGCCGGUGGAAUUUCUCUUUCGAUCGUUUUGAGGUACAGCCAGGCCAAAAGUACCAAGUAACUGUCUAUCAUUUGCCCAAAUUAAGUACUCCGGGGGACUACAACAGGAUUUCAAAUCCAUUCACAGUACCAAGAGGGUCUGCAGCAACGCCUUAAUGUAACAGUCAAGCUGGAAAGGAACCUGAAGAUUUGUUGCAAAUACAAAGUGCAGAUCCAACCAUUCUUUCCUGCCUGUGGUACAGACUGUAUGAGGCAACUAUUUUUAAUCCCGUGUUCUUCUGAUGAUGCCUUAAUUCUUCCUGAUCAAUCCGGAGUGAAUGAUACAUUUUCAGUGGGGCUACCUUGGAUCCACACUAUCAUCUGCAUUUUGUUAAUUGGUUCAGCUAUUGGUUCCGCAAUAUGCAUUACUCGAAGACAAAAAGAAUUAAAUUCUGCAGCAAAAAACGGUGAUUAUGAACUCCAGGAUGUCACCCCUAUGUUGCAACCUCCUCCACCCCUCAAGCCACGUACAGUUUGGAUUGUGUAUUCUGCUGAUCACAAGCUCUAUGUAGACGUUGUGUUGAAGUUUGCUCAGUUCAUGAUCACCGUGUGUGGUACGGAGGUCAUCCUAGACCUGCUAGAUGAACACCAGAUCUCCGAGAUGGGAGCCGUGUGCUGGCUUACUCGGCAGAAACAGAAAAUGGAAGCGCUUUCUUCAAAGAUCAUCGUCUUGUGUUCCCGGGGUACUCGAGCCAAGUGGCAGGCUAUGCUUGGGCACAGGGAACCCAAUGUACACCUGAAGCAAGAUAAUAUGCUGCCAACAGGGGAUCUGUUCACUCCAGCACUGAAUCUGAUUUUACCAGACUUCAAGCAGCCAUCUUGCUUUGGACUGUAUUUAAUCUGCUACUUUGAGGGCAUAAGCCAUGAGAGUGACAUUCCAGACCCAUUCCACGUCACCUCCAAAUAUCAGCUGAUGGAUAAGUUUGAGGAAAUUUACUUCCUAAUCCAGGAUCUUGAAAAAUUUGAGCCGGGGCGAAUGCAUCAGAUUCCGGCCAUCUCACCUGAAAAAUACACUGAAAGCCCCUGUGGCAAACAGCUGAAGGAGGCCUUGCAGAAAUUCCAGACAUGGCAGGAUGAGCAUCCAGAUUGGUUCAAAAGCGAAUGUGUCUGCGAUGAGGAUGAAGAUGAUCUACAACCUCUGAUUGAGGAACUCCCUGAAGAAUUAAUAUUCCCCGGAAAAGGGAUUCUUAAGAAGCAACUGCUUCCAAAGGAACCUGACCCCAAUAGCUGUUGCUUAGUCAAUCUUCUGGUUAAUGAAGAUGACUUGGGAGCAUAUAAACUGACACCUCAGCAUCUGUCACGAGAAGAUCUAUCAUUCCAGACUCUGGUCACUCCUGCUGAGACACCUUCUGUUCAGGUGGUCAGGCCAGCUGCCCUCGCAGAAGAAAAUGAGAUACUCAGUCAUAAAGUGUUGACCAAUGAGGAUUGGCUAGAAAGUGUGCCUAUGAUAGAAGGUAGCGUCCCAAGAAGAAAUAAUGUCAUUCUUCAAGAGGAUUUAUCCUCAGAUCCCCAGGCCUUGCCAGAUGAGGUGAGGCAACAACUGGCGGGAUUGAUGUAUUCCCUCUAUCAACAAAGUGUCAUCCCCUCUGAUAUGCCCCUUUGCCAAGAAGAUGUUCAUGAGCAGCAACAGCAGUUGCUUGAUGAGGCUUCCAAAGUUCAGAGACAGUCGGUACAGUCAGACCAGGGUUAUAUCUCCAGAUGUUCUUCUUUGCCUUCUGAUAGCCCCGUUGAACCGGAGGAAGAAGAGAACCAAGAACAGGAAGGAUGUUGGUCUGCUGGGCAUCUCACUGCAGAUGUCUUAAGUAGUCUCAAAAGUCUUCAGCAGCAGUUGCUUUUCCAGGAUAUCCAGAAAAACUCUAGCUAAGGUCCCUUGGGAGAAGGAAGGGAGAAUUGCUUCUCUUUUUCAAACAGCGAGACAACCCAUGACUGAUGAGGUCAUUCUUCUUGCAGUAUGUAAUAUAGACCCUCAUUAUUUCCCCUCCCCUUGUGACCUUUGAGAGCCCUGGUGAAGCACCUCCCUCCUCUUCCUCAGCUGAUUCACAACUGUCUGUAACUUUACUAGAGGGAAGGAGAACAAAGAGAGGAAGGGGGCUCAACUAUCCCUGGCACUUGCCCUUUCUGUUUCCAAAUAUAAUACAGGCUUGCACUUUCCCUUCCGUUCACAAUCCUCAGAAGAACCCCUCCUCCUGCCCUCAGCUGACAUGUGGAACUGCCAGCCACUUUGUUGUGAAGAGGGAGAACUAUGGGAGUCACGGACUUCAAGGAAAACUGCAUCCUCCUUCUCAUUCUGGCAUGUCCCCAAAGGAUCCCUCUCCAGAGAGGAAGAAGGCUCAUCUCAACGAACCCUAUCUCUCACCAGCAGGCAUCCAAGUUACUCCCUCAUUCUUCCCUUACUAGCCACUACCAUUAAGAGUUUUAAAAUGUUGACCAUGAUUUCAAAGCUGCCAAUGGUCACUUGUCUGUCAGGUCUUGCUACCAGCCAAUUGGGCAUAGGGGCUAGAGGAAGACUGGAAAUAGGGUAGGUAUGUGCCCCUCCCAUCUUUCCUUCUGCUAUGCAACCUAUAGUUUCCUGGAAAGUAUAGUCAGGGAAGUAUGGCAUUAAAACAUUGUCAAAUUUCAAUCCUACGGGAGUCAUGGCUCCCAGAUUUUGGAUGCACUCUGUAAAUUGGUCCAUUUAAAGUACAUUGAUUCAACACUUGUUGCUCUAUGAUGCACCGUUUUACCCAAUUGAAAGCUGCCAAUUAUCGAACAGACGCAAGAGUUUUAGUAGUACUGUAUAUAAGUUUAAUGGCUGUUUGUUGGAUUGUGCAGCGUUCAACCUAAGCUAAAUAGCAGUGUGCUAUGGUGAUACAAACUGCCUCUUAAGAAUACAGGCAUAGCCAAAGAAGAUCAGGAGAAUUCGCCAAAUAUUCUGAAAGCUGCUCUGAAAGUAAGAAGUAUUAAAACAGGGGGGGAAAAACUGUAGGUGACAUGAAAAAAAUGUCUAGUCCAGCACCAUUUUCUCCACUGUGGCUGAUAGCAGAAUAUCUGUGAAUUUAGCAGUUGUAAGGCAAAUCAGCAAGAAUUGCCAGUCUCUUUUUAUACAAGUAUUCACUUUUGUAACUAUGGUCACAAUUUGUAGCAAUGAAUUUUGUCAGCCAGUUUUGCCUUAUACAGAGAAGUGUUUUCUGUCACCUCUGUUAUUUAAUUUUAUAGUAUUAUCUGCAUUUCUCUUUAUUACCAGCAAGGAAGAAAAGCUCUACUUACCUUAUGGCCUUGCCCCCUUCUCUCUUUUGUACCCGAUGUCACUUUGCUUUUUUUCCUGAACUAUAGUAUCCGAAACACUUUGUCAGAAUUGGUAACUGAUCAGUUGGACAGCUUAUUUAUGCAAUUUCCUAUGCUAGGAUGCCUAUGUUGAGCUAAUAUGGCUAGAGUUGUUAACUGAAUUCAAGUCUAUUCAACUAUAGACUGAUAUCGGUUGCUUGAUUUUCAGGUCUUUUUAUAAAAUAACUUCCCCCUUUUAUGAACUGUCCCUAUUUCAUAGGCAGAGUAGGCCAGUGAGUCACGUUGUCCAGCCUUAAAAUCUUUCCUUAGUCUUUUCUAAGACUAAGGGGGGGGGGGAGAGAGAGAGUACUGGGAUAUGUGGCCAGGGUGGGCGUGGCCAGCUCGACAUCAGUCAUCGAGGCUUUGCUACCUCCGCAACGGCCGCAUACAGUCUCCCCGAGCUCUGUUUUCGUUGGCAGAGGCACAGUGGGCCAAGCCUUCACUGUUUCCAGGGUGAGCCCUUGGGCCAAAUCUAAGCACCCCAUGGGCCGGAUCCGGUCCGCGGGCCUUGAGUUUAACACCCCUAAUGUAAAUAGUAUAUAGUUUUACAUUUCUACAGUCUUCCUGGUGCUCCCAAGUGAUGCUGUGGCUGCCUGGAGACCUUAGGGACCUGGAUGGAGGACAACAGGCUUCACUGAACCUUGUCAAGACAGAGUGGCUGCGAGGGAAGGCGACCUCAGGAUCUGAUUAUCUAUCAUUUUUAGUUCUGUAUGUGGUUAUACUACUCCAGACAGAUCUGGUGCGCAACCUGGGAGUUUCUCCUGGAAUCGCAACCCUGUGCUCAAACAGCAGGUGACAGACGUUGUCUAGGAGAGCCUCUACACAACUCUGAGUUGUGCACCAGUUGCCCCUUGAUCUGGAUCACGAGGCCACAGUCAGUCAUACCCUAGUCAUCUCUCAGUUGGAUUACUGCAAUGCUCUGUACAUGGGGCUACCUUUGAGGAGUAUUUAGAAACUACAGCUGAUGCAGAAGACAGCAACACGAACAGUUCUGAGGGCCUGUAGGGUGGCAUGUGUAACUGCUGUAGCACAAGCUGCAUUCAUUACCAGUUUGCUUCCAUGCUCUGCGCAUGCACGGAAGGUCCUGCACAUGUGGAUAGGUGGUGCAAGCGAAGCAAGCAAGCACACUCACAUUGCUACCAAACUGGUAGCAAAGAUAAGUGGAUUUCACCCCUGCUACAUAGAAAUUGAAAAGGCUAUUAAAAGAUCCAAGUACGUAGGUUAAUUCAGUUCAAACUCAGUUAAAUAGCAGCCGCUGUACAGGAUUUGGGAAAAGUAAUUUUCCAACUUGAUUAUCUUAUGCUCUUCAUACAUUGUGAAACCUGCUUUCUUGCUAAUUACAUCAAUAUAUUAAAGCAAAUGAGCAUGUGUUUUUUUCAACUAAUGAGCUUGUAGCCUACUGGAAAUUGCUCUGCAGUAUCUUUCAAUGUUUAUCAUUGAUGUUCAAGCUGGUUAUUUUAAUUUUACACUCUGUCUUUUCGGGUGUAGCUUUUAUUAGACAAUUAAAUUAUGUACUAUAUUUUUUCAGCGUCUCUGGCUUAAUUUAAAUUUGCAAAUAAAUGAAUCCAUAUUUUUAGUAAUGUAUUAAUCAGAUUGUUUUGUUUUGCAUUUGCAUGUUUACUACUUUUGGCCAAGCUUGGAAAUGAGCAGUUAGAGAAUACCGAACAGAGGCUAAACCUGUUUCAUUUUUUACCUAAAUAUUUAAAGAGCAAGUAUCCGUUAGCUAAGUCAGAAAACUGUGGCUAACUCAUAUCUAAUUAUCUAUAUAUUAGAAAUAGGAAGAAUUAAUAAUUAACACUUCAAGUACUUUGCAUUUCAAAGACACAGUACAUCAAUGGACAGUUCACAAUAACAAUGUUAUUCUAAUAAAAGUUUGGAAUAUUUUAUGUAACAAAUCUUUUCUUACAAAUGCCCUGAAAUGAUGGAACAUAAAGAGUAUUCUUCAUUUUCCUCCUUAGGUCAGUCUUUCAUAACCAUUUUUUACAUAGUUGUAGCUGUUAGCAAGUUUCAUGUCAAAUUUAAAUACCUGUUAAAAUAUGCAAAAUUUAUCUUGAAACAUUAAACUUUGUUAUAUAUUUAA